AUGGGAGGAGAGCGACAGCGCAUGAAGGUGAUGUUAGAGACUCUCCAGCAGGAUGUGAUCACGAAGCGGCUUCAGGUCGAUGACCCCUCCUUGCGCUGGAUGCUGAAGAAAGGGACCAACCUCAAGGAGUUUUGCCGUGACAGCUCCGUCCAGGUGACGGUUGGGUCAGAUGUGGACACGCAGGUGCAGAUCACGGGCAAAGCUGCUGAAGUGAACCAAGUUCUGGCGAGGGUGAAGGCCUACAUACAGGAGAACCGCAAGGUGACGAAGAUGCUGGAUCUUCCGGCGGGAUCUUCACGCUUCGUGCGGGGCAGACUGAAGCGAAUCAGGAGCGACAGCGAGGCUUGGCUCUACGUUCCGAAGGAUCUGGAGAAUCAGCUCUGCAUCCAGGGGAACCAGCGGCAGGUGGACUACGCUGAAGAGCUCCUCCAGCAGGUGAUCUUCGUCGAGUAUGCCAGUAUCAGCCUUCACAUCUGCAGCAAGUUGGUUGGGGAAGUUGUGGGCAAGAAUGGGGCAACCAUCAAGUCGAUCAAGGCAGACAGGGAGGUAGAUAUCCAGUUCGGAGAAGCCACCGAAAAAGCCUGGACGACGACCCAGAUAGUGGGCAGCAGAGAGGACUGCCGUGCUGCGUGCUCCGAGAUCCUGGAGAAGCUGAAAUGUUACGAGGUGGUCUCCCUGCAAAUCAAUUCUAGCCAGGCAGGGCUCAUAAUUGGCAAAAACGGCUCCACCAUCAAAACUCUCAAGGCAGGCUUAGAGACGCGUGAAGAUACGCAGCGAAACCCCUGGAUUGUCAGCGGCCCAAAGGGUGACGUGAAUGAGCUCGUGCGGAGGAUCCAGAUCCAGUUCAGCGUCGCUGUUCUUGGAGGUUUGGGGACAUUCAGAAUCAGGUGUCCAGGAUGCGCAGAAGACUUCCCUGACUUCAAGCUCUUGCUCAAGCACGUUGACCAGCGUGCCUGUGCUGCUCGGAGCUGUGUCGGUAGGUGUGGCGCCUACUAUCCUGAUGAGGGAAGCUGCCUGAAGCAUCAGGCCUGGUGCCCUUUCGUGCGCAGGUGCCCUGGCUGCGAUGCGGGCUUCGCUUCAGAGGCGGAGCUCACGAAGCAUGUCACUGCAAAGGCGUGCAAAGCACGGGCUUGUCGGGGCUGCCGCGUGAUCUUCACAGACAUUCCCGCGGCGGAGCUUCAUGAGCAGAGCUGUGACAAGUACGCCGAAAGGAUGAGAGACGUGGAGGUCCAGCGACAAAUCCAGCUGUUGAAGGAGACACUUUGCCCGGCCUGCCGCAUGGGCGACCAGAAAGGCUCCAGCUGCGCAAACUGCAAGGCCAUACUACGAAGAGCGCAGCUCAAAUGGCAUCCAGAUAAGAAUCCUGCCGACGAGAUUGUCGCGACCAUUGUUUUCCGCUCUGUCCAAGCUGUGUGGAACGGCAGCCCGCAGUGGCACACGGCGGAUGAUGGUGCUGAAAGUGCAUGCCCAACAACCGGAGCUAAGGAAGCGGAGAAGCACAAGCAGAAGACGGGAGAUGAGGCCAGCUUCGGAAGCCGCACGGCUGAGUGCACGGUGCAGUAG